ACAUCUUCUUCACCACUGCGAUCUUCAGCAACCCCCCAAACACCGCCACAAAGCCAUUCACUGGGUUUAUUGUUGCAUUGAAGCAGAAAUAGAGACGUCAUUUAGCUGCAUCGAGACUUCUCGGCGCAGUCGAUUAUUGGCUCAGCGCGUCCAGCAGUACCCCUGGUGCUAUACAGGCAACCUUUCUCCAUCUACCAACUAAGUACCAUCAGUAUCGCUUCACAGACAAUAAAGACGGGGCACUCAGGCGACUAUAGCAAUGGGCUAUCUGCUUCCUUUGGUGCUUGUGUCUGGCAUAGGCGCGGGUGCUGCUGUGUAUGUGGCUUCCUACGUGUCCCCGUCCGCGAAUCUGAUUUUACGCCUCAUCACGCUGGGAAUAGCCCUAUUGAUUUUCACAACGACCAGACAUAUCCAGCUCGUUGCUGCGAAGAGGCAGACACGUUGGCGCACUCAAGAAGCUCCCACAUCGGCGGCUACAGCCAAGGAUGAUUACUUUCUCUUCGUGCUCGGUUCCGGUGGACACACAAAAGAGAUGCUCAUGAUGAUGGAUGACGGAUUCUGUGAUUUCAGCAGAACACAUCGCCGAUACCUCAUUUCCAGCGGAGACAAAAUGUCCGAAAAUCAUCUGGAAGACUACGAAACAGACCUUGCCCAACUCUGCGCAACGAAGAAGUGCACACCUGGGUCUUUUGAUAAGAAGAUUGUUACACGUGCACGUAGAGUCCAUCAGCCUCUCUGGAGUACACCAUUCUCUGCCUUCCGGAGUGUACUAGAUAUCUUCCCAUGCCUGUUGAGCCCGCCAUCGAGCGCAGUUGGACAACGACGAAGACUACCAACGCAAAUAUUCUCCAAUGGACCGGCCACCGGGUUCUUUGUUGCCUUGGCAGUACAUAUUCUCAAACUCUUCUACAUCGUACCCCAGGACUCAAUGCGUUUUGUCUACGUUGAGUCGUGGGCGAGAAUAUCGACACUCAGUCUCACUGGCAAGCUGCUACACUGCACAGGCAUCGCCGAUUUAUUUUUGGUGCAGCAUGAUGAGGUAGCGAAAAAGUAUGGCCUUCAAAAUGCCGGCGAGAUGGUCUUCAAUGCUCGAAGGGUUGGUCUGUAGGAAGGAAGAGAUACGCAUCAGGAUGAAUCAAGAAAAGGAA